UACCGUCUCGUGACGUCGGUAUACGUCAACGACUGGUGUGUAUCUUAAAACUAAGAUAGCCAUCAGCUAUCAUUGUUCUCCACGCAACAUACUGAGAGUAAGCUAAAAAGAAUAACGUUACAGGAGAGUACGAAUUAAAUCCGAAAGUGGUUACAAGAUGCAGAUCUUUGUAAAGACCCUCACUGGCAAGACCAUAACCCUGGAGGUGGAGCCAAGUGACACCAUUGAGAAUGUCAAGGCCAAGAUCCAGGAUAAAGAAGGGAUUCCCCCAGACCAACAGCGGCUGAUUUUUGCCGGCAAGCAGCUGGAAGAUGGUCGAACCCUCUCCGACUACAACAUCCAGAAAGAGUCCACCCUGCACUUGGUCCUCCGUCUCAGGGGAGGGAUGCAGAUCUUUGUGAAGACCCUCACUGGCAAGACCAUAACCCUGGAGGUGGAGCCAAGUGACACCAUUGAGAACGUCAAGGCCAAGAUCCAGGACAAAGAAGGGAUUCCCCCAGACCAACAGAGGCUGAUUUUUGCCGGCAAGCAGCUGGAAGAUGGUCGCACCCUCUCCGACUACAACAUCCAGAAAGAGUCCACCCUGCACUUGGUCCUCCGUCUCAGGGGAGGGAUGCAGAUCUUUGUGAAGACCCUCACUGGCAAGACCAUAACCCUGGAGGUGGAGCCAAGUGACACCAUUGAGAACGUCAAGGCCAAGAUCCAGGACAAAGAAGGGAUUCCCCCAGACCAGCAGAGGCUGAUUUUUGCCGGCAAGCAGCUGGAAGAUGGUCGCACCCUCUCCGACUACAACAUCCAGAAAGAAUCCACCCUGCACUUGGUCCUCCGUCUCAGGGGAGGGAUGCAGAUCUUUGUGAAGACCCUCACUGGCAAGACCAUAACCCUGGAGGUGGAGCCAAGUGACACCAUUGAGAAUGUCAAGGCCAAGAUCCAGGACAAAGAAGGGAUUCCGCCAGACCAGCAGAGGCUGAUUUUUGCCGGCAAGCAGCUGGAAGAUGGUCGCACCCUCUCCGACUACAACAUCCAGAAAGAAUCCACCCUGCACUUGGUCCUCCGUCUCAGGGGAGGGAUGCAGAUCUUUGUGAAGACCCUCACUGGCAAGACCAUAACCCUGGAGGUGGAGCCAAGUGACACCAUUGAGAACGUCAAGGCCAAGAUCCAGGACAAAGAAGGGAUUCCCCCAGACCAACAGAGGCUGAUUUUUGCCGGCAAGCAGCUGGAAGAUGGUCGCACCCUCUCCGACUACAACAUCCAGAAAGAGUCCACCCUGCACUUGGUCCUCCGUCUCAGGGGAGGGAUGCAGAUCUUUGUGAAGACCCUCACUGGCAAGACCAUAACCCUGGAGGUGGAGCCAAGUGACACCAUUGAGAACGUCAAGGCCAAGAUCCAGGACAAAGAAGGGAUUCCCCCAGACCAACAGAGGCUGAUUUUUGCCGGCAAGCAGCUGGAAGAUGGUCGCACCCUCUCCGACUACAACAUCCAGAAAGAAUCCACCCUGCACUUGGUCCUCCGUCUCAGGGGAGGGAUGCAGAUCUUUGUGAAGACCCUCACUGGCAAGACCAUAACCCUGGAGGUGGAGCCAAGUGACACCAUUGAGAAUGUCAAGGCCAAGAUCCAGGACAAAGAAGGGAUUCCGCCAGACCAGCAGAGGCUGAUUUUUGCCGGCAAGCAGCUGGAAGAUGGUCGCACCCUCUCCGACUACAACAUCCAGAAAGAAUCCACCCUGCACUUGGUCCUCCGUCUCAGGGGAGGGAUGCAGAUCUUUGUGAAGACCCUCACUGGCAAGACCAUAACCCUGGAGGUGGAGCCAAGUGACACCAUUGAGAAUGUCAAGGCCAAGAUCCAGGACAAAGAAGGGAUUCCCCCAGACCAACAGAGGCUGAUUUUUGCCGGCAAGCAGCUGGAAGAUGGUCGAACCCUCUCCGACUACAACAUCCAGAAAGAAUCCACCCUGCACUUGGUCCUCCGUCUCCGGGGGGGAAAGUAACCCCAAAUUGUAGUCUUAAUGAGCAAUUGCUUAGGGUUUGGAAUACCCUUUUUGUUUUUCCCAGUUUGUGUGGUGAAAGCCAUUAAACUCAUGUUCUACUCAGUUUAAUUGAACACCCAAAAUGUAAAAAUAAAUUUAUUGGAAUGCAGAA